CCAUUUAUCUCACUCUCUUUUUUAACAACUUUAUCUUCAACCAAAACAAAAAAACCCAUUUCUCUAGAGCUUAAAUUUUAAGCUCACUCCCUUCACUUAUUCCUUACACCUCUCAUCAUCAUCUUUCUCAAGAGAGAAUCACCAUGCCUGGUCCUACUAUUGAAGAAUUGCAGAACCCAAUUUCUCUUGAAGAAGAGGAGGAAAUUGUUGUCGAGGAUGUUAAGGAGGAUGAACAUGAAGAUGAUGAUGAAGAUGACGAUGAUGAUGACGAGGAUGACGCUACCCCAGGCUCAGCUGAGGGCUCAAAACAAAGCAGGAGUGAGAAGAAGAGUCGCAAAGCAAUGUUAAAAUUGGGAUUGAAACCUAUCACUGGUGUUACCCGGGUCACCAUUAAGCGAGCCAAAAACAUAUUGUUCUUCAUUUCUAAGCCUGAUGUGUUUAAGAGCCCGAACUCUGAGACCUAUGUCAUAUUUGGAGAGGCAAAGAUCGAAGACUUGAGCUCUCAGCUGCAGACUCAAGCUGCCCAGCAAUUCAGACUCCCUGAUAUGUCAUCGAUGAUGGCCAAAUCAGAAGCUUCUGCAGCUACUGCUGCUGCCCAAGAGGAGGAAGAAGAAGUCGAUGAGACUGGGGUGGAGCCUCGGGACAUUGAUUUGGUUAUGACCCAAGCCGGGGUUUCGAGGGGAAAGGCUGUCAAUGCACUCAAGGCUCAUGAUGGUGACAUUGUUGGUGCUAUAAUGGAGCUCACUGCUUAGUUCGUUCCGAUUGCACAGGAGUUUAAUAGUCUGUUCUAGGUCUAUUAGUCUUUUUCUCUGUUGUCGGUUGCAAGAAGAAAUGGCUAGUGAUGAGGUUAUGCAUUUUUGAACUGCUGUUCAUUUGAUUUUAAUUUGGAUUUGCAUUCUGAUAAUAUAAUUGGAUUUAUUGCCUGAAA